AUGCUCACUGAAAACGACCAUGGCUUCGAACAAGAUCUGUGGAAAGCAACGGGAUUUUCCGAUAUGCAGUAUAGCGAGAUGCUCCGGCUGUCGGACAAUGAUCUAAAUCCAGAUCCAGAUUCCAUAUUUUCUCUCUCAGACGCUCACCUUGAAGCUGGAAUUCCGGAGACACCACUGGAGCGAUGGAGAAAUUCGCCCCCAGAAGUCGAGCCUGCACACCUCGAUGCCAUCAUGCGAGCCGUGGCUGACAGCGACGUGAACAGUGAACAGCAAAGACGGCCCUCAGACACGCAAGUAAUCAAUUCCAAAUCACACGCGCCCUUAAUUGCACCUGGAUCAGCGCAAUCAAGCUACUCAGACUCGGGCUCCGUUUCCUCGGCGUACAGUUUUGCCUCGAAUCGUUCAGCGGGGUCCUUCGGCCGCUUCUACCUGACUGAGCCAGCGCGUCGACGCCGCCGUCGCAGAGCCAGCUCCCCUCAGAUCCUGCCUAAGAACAAAAGACGGACUCGAGAGUCGAAAGCAACAGAGAAUCGCCGCUACCAGUGUACAUUCUGCACUGACACCUUCCACACAAAGCACGACUGGACGCGACACGAAAAGACCCUGCAUCUCUCCCUAGAGAAAUUCACCUGCUCGCCAACCGGACCCGUUUAUCAAGCCGCAGAUGGAACAGACCGGUGCUCCUUUUGCGACGAGGUCAACCCAUCAGAGGCACACAUAACCUCUCACCGCGCGAGCAUAUGCUUGCAGAACCCAAUAACCCUGCGCACAUUCUACCGCAAGGACCACCUCCUCCAGCACCUGCGAAGUAUCCACAAAGCCACCCAGCUCACCCCAUCAAUGGAGUCGUGGAAGUCCCAGGAGACAGAGAUCAAAUCGCGCUGCGGCUUCUGCGCACAGACAUUCACCCGUUGGUCCGACCGAAACAACCACCUCGCAAAGCACUUUUGCGAUGGUGCUCUCAUGCGGGAUUGGAAGGGGUGUCGGGGCUUUGAGCCCGCUGUUGCGCUAGCGGUCGAGAAUGCAAUGCCGCCGUAUCUCAUUGGGAAUGAGUCCCGUGAGAUAUGCCCGUUUAGCGCGGUGAACGGCAGCGGGAGCAAUCUGGGGCGGUUUGAGGCUUUUGUGGAAGGGGAGAGACCUACGCGCUUCGAGGAUCUCACAGGGCGUCUCGCGCAGUUUGUGAGUGAUAUUCGGGCCAAUGGGGCAGUCAUCACGGAUGAGAUGCUACAGGCCGAGUCUCGAUCCAUAGUGUAUGGCGACCAGGAUCCGUGGAAUCAGACGGCGGCCGAUAACCCCGAGUGGCUGAGGAUGUUCAAAGAAGGAAUAGAGAGUCCUCUUCCAUUGUCGGCAAUAUAUCCCGAUCCGAGCAUCGUGGACCAGAGGGAUAAACUGGAAAUAACGAGCGGCACAUCCUGGCGUUGGUUGAACCCCGAGUGUCUUGCCGAUUUCAGACAGUAUCAUGUAGACGCGGCUCAUGGGCCACAAGAUAUCUGA